GUGGGAGCGCGCGGGGGGAGCGGCGGGCGCGUAUCGGCGGGGCGGAGCAGAGCUGAGUCGCCCGGAGUAGCGGGCGGGCUGGCGGGCGUCAGGGCGUGGAGCCGGCCUGGGACCGGCGGCCCGUGGCGGCGGAGGCCCAGCUGCAGAAGGAGCACGCCCGGAGCCAGGGAGGUAUGCUGAAGCCAGAAGCCUGGCAGGAUGAGUGUGCGAGAGGUGGGCAGCUCCAGCCGUCGGCAGCAGGCCGCGUACCACCUGCACAUCUACCCCCAGCUGUCCAGCACUCAGAGCCAGGCCUCCUGCCGUGUGACUGCCACCAAGGACAGCACGACGACCGAGGUCAUCCAGGAUGCCAUCACCAGCCUGCGGCUCGAUGGCACCAAGUGCUACGUGCUGGUGGAGGUGAAGGAGUCUGGUGGGGAAGAGUGGGUGCUGGACGCCAACGACUCGCCAGUGCACCGGGUGCUGCUGUGGCCGCGGCGGGCUCAGGAUGAGCACCCGCAGGAGGAUGGCUACUACUUCCUGCUGCAGGAGCGCAAUGCUGACGGCACCAUCAAGUACCUGCACAUGCAACUGCUGGCCCAGGCCGAGGCUGCACGGCGCCUGGUGGAGCGUGGGCUCCUGCCCCGGCCACAGGCUGACUUUGACGAUCUGUGCAACCUGCCUGAGCUGACUGAGGCUCACCUGCUGCAGAACCUCAAGGUGCGCUUCUUGCAGCAGAAGAUCUACACGUAUGCAGGCAGCAUCCUCGUGGCCAUCAACCCCUUCAAGUUCCUGCCCAUCUAUAACCCUAAGUACGUGAAGAUGUACGAGAACCAGCAGCUGGGCAAGCUGGAGCCACACGUAUUUGCGCUCGCCGACGUGGCCUACUAUGCUAUGCUCCGGAAGCGUGUGAACCAGUGCAUUGUGAUCUCAGGCGAGAGCGGCUCAGGCAAGACGCAGAGCACCAACUUCCUCAUCCACUGCCUCACCGCACUCAGCCAGAAGGGUUACGCCAGCGGUGUGGAGAGGACCAUCCUGGGUGCUGGCCCCGUGCUGGAGGCUUUUGGGAAUGCCAAAACGGCCCACAACAACAACUCCAGCCGCUUCGGGAAGUUCAUCCAAGUCAACUACCUGGAGAGUGGCAUCGUGCGGGGAGCUGUUGUGGAAAAAUACCUGCUUGAAAAAUCUCGCCUGGUGUCCCGGGAGAAGGAUGAGAGGAACUACCACGUGUUUUAUUAUUUGCUGCUGGGUGUUAGCGAGGAAGAGCGCCAAGAAUUCCAGCUCAAGCAGCCCCAAGAUUAUUUCUACCUCAACCAGCAUAACUUGAAUAUCGAAGACGGAGAAGACCUGAAACAUGAUUUUGAAAGACUCCAGCAGGCCAUGGAGAUGGUGGGCUUCCUCCCUGCCACUAAGAAGCAGAUCUUCUCUGUACUCUCAGCCAUCCUAUACCUGGGCAAUGUCACUUACAAGAAGAGAGCCACAGGCCGAGAUGAAGGUCUGGAGGUUGGCCCCCCCGAAGUGUUGGACACCCUGUCCCAGCUCCUGAAGGUAAAGCGAGAAAUACUGGUGGAAGUCCUGACCAAGAGGAAAACAGUGACAGCCAACGACAAGCUCAUCCUGCCUUACAGCCUCAAUGAGGCCAUAACUGCCCGAGACUCGAUGGCCAAGUCUCUGUACAGUGCCCUGUUCGACUGGAUUGUGCUGAGGAUCAACCAUGCUCUCCUCAACAAGAAAGACAUGGAAGAGGCCGUGUCGUGCUUGUCUAUUGGGGUCCUGGACAUCUUUGGGUUUGAAGACUUUGAGAGGAACAGCUUCGAGCAGUUCUGUAUCAACUAUGCCAAUGAGCAGCUGCAGUAUUACUUCAACCAGCACAUCUUCAAGCUAGAGCAGGAGGAGUAUCAGAGCGAGGGGAUCACAUGGCACAACAUUGACUACACCGACAAUGUGGGCUGCAUCCACCUCAUCAGCAAAAAGCCCACUGGCCUCUUCUACCUGCUGGAUGAGGAGAGCAACUUCCCCCAUGCCACAAGCCUCACCCUGCUGGCCAAGUUCAAACAACAGCAUGAAGAGAACAAGUACUUCCUGGGCACCCCUGUCAGGGAGCCCGCCUUCAUCAUCCAGCACUUUGCGGGAAAAGUGAAGUACCACAUCAAGGACUUCCGGGAGAAAAACAUGGACUACAUGCGGCCAGAUAUCGUGGCACUCCUGCGAGGCAGUGACAGCUCCUACGUGCGUGAGCUCAUCGGCAUGGACCCUGUGGCUGUGUUCCGCUGGGCUGUACUGCGGGCUGCCAUCCAGGCCAUGGCUGUGCUGAGGGAGGCUGGGCGCCUGCAUGCAGAGAAAGCCGAGAAGGCUGCAGGUGUAAGCAGUCCUGGCACCCGAAGUCACGUGGGAGAGCUACCAAGAGGUGCCAACACCCCAUCGGAAAAACUGUACCGCUGCUCAGUGCUAGAGCUUUCAUUUGACUGCUCUGAGGAGCUGGACAUAAACGCUUUUGAGGACAUCAUGGCUUUCUAUGAAAGCAGGAAGGCGAGGGAGUGGAGCGAUUUGCAUAACCAAAUCAUCAAGAGCCUCAAAGGACUGCCGUGGCAGGGCGAGGACCCUCGGAGGCUUCUUCAGUCCCUCAGUCGGCUCCAGAAGCCCCGUGCCUUCUUCCUGAAGAGUAAAGGUAUCAAACAAAAGCAGAUCAUCCCCAAGAACCUGCUGGACUGCAAGUCCCUGAAGCUUAUCAUCAGCAUGACCCUGCACGACCGCACCACCAAGUCACUGCUGCACUUGCACAAGAAGAAGAAGCCGCCCAGCAUCAGCGCGCAGUUUCAGACAUCGCUUAACAAGCUGUUGGAGGCCCUGGGCAAGGCUGAGCCCUUCUUCAUUCGCUGCAUCCGCUCUAAUGCUGAGAAGAGGGAACUGUGCUUUGAUGAGGAGCUGGUGCUGCAGCAACUGCGCUAUACGGGCAUGCUGGAGACAGUGCGCAUCCGGCGCUCUGGCUAUAGUGCCAAGUACACCUUCCAGGACUUCACGGAGCAGUUCCAGGUGCUGCUGCCCAAGGACACCCGGCCCUGCAGGGAGGCCAUCUCUGCCCUGCUGGAGAAGAUGCAGGUGGACAGGAGGAGCUAUCAAAUCGGGAAAACCAAGGUCUUCCUGAAGGAAACAGAGCGGCAGGCCCUGCAGGAGACACUGCACCGUGAGGUCCUGCACAAGAUCCUGCUUCUGCAGAGCUGGUUCCGGAUGGUGCUGGAGCGCCGGCACUUCCUGCAGAUGAAACGCGCAGCCCUUACCAUCCAGGCCUGUUGGAGGUCCUACUGUGUGCGCCGUGCACUAGAGAGGACGCAGGCUGCUGUGUACCUGCAGGCAGUGUGGAGGGGCUUCCUGCAGCGCCAGGCCUACCGCCGCCAGAGGCACAGCAUUAUCCGCCUGCAAAGCCUCUGCCGGGGCCACCUGCAACGCAGGAGCUUCAGCCGGAUGCUGUCCCAUAAGCAGAAGGCAGAGGAGCAAGCCAGGGCAGCCCAGGAAGCAGGUAGAGCAGAGUCAUCCAAGGGCAGCUUAGGCCCUGUGGCCACAGAGGAGCAGGUGGCUGCACAGACCGCCCAACCUGGGGAGGAUGGCCAAUGCCCAGCUGAGAAGAACGGGACCUGGACGAAGGACAGAUCUCCAGUUGGCACCUCCCCCCUGAAGAAGGAGGUGCCUGGCCCUGAGAAUCUACCCUUGACCCAGGGAACCGUGCCGGCUGAGAGUCAGGAGAAAGUCCCCAGCAGCCGGGGGAAGCGUGAGUCACGGCGGCAGCGAGGGCUGGAGCAUGUGCAGCUGCAGAACAGACACAUUCAGUCCUGCAGGGAGAUCACCCUUAGAGAAUCUUCCAGAAGGGCCAGCCUAGAACCAGGGAAGAGUGUCCCCGAGGACAAAAAGGAGCACAGAGAAGAUGAACUGCCCCUGGAGGCUUGGACUGAGGGCAUGGCCGCCUUUCCCAAAAAGCAUGUGCAACUUGUUGGGGCCACUGAGGACAAGGUAUCCCCGGCCAGGAGCCCCAGGCCUGGCCCCAUUCAGCGGCCCACCAGCCUGGCCCUGGACAAUAGGGUCAGCCCAGGGGUCCCCAGCACCCCUGAGUCCCCUGGGGAUAAAGGCAGGGCUGGGGACAGCCCCAGAGCUCAGGACAAGCUGGAGAGCCCCAGUGGACCUACCCAGAUCCAACGGUACCAGCAUCCAGAUGCUGAGCGCCUGGCCACCGCCGUGGAGCUCUGGCGGGGCAAGAAGCUGAUGACCACCAGCAGCUCCAGCACCAUGCUGAGCCAAUCCCUGGACCUCAGCGACAGGCAGCGGGUUGCAGGGGCUGCCCUUACUCCAACAGAGGAGAGGUGCAUCUCCUCCUCCACAAGUGACAUCUCCAAGCUGUCCCCAGCCAAGACUUCAGCAGAAAUUGAUGGGGAUCCAAGCACCAAGAAACCUGCCAUCCACAAGAAGAAAUCAGGAGAUGCGUCAUCUGGCCCCGACAUGGGGCUGUCCCCCAGCUCCCAGGGUGACUCAAAAUCCACGUUUAAGAGGCUCUUCCUACACAAAACCAAGGAUAAAAAGCCCAGCCUGGAGGGUGUGGAGGACAUGGACAGCAGCCUGCCCAGCCACACUAUGCCAGAAGCCCCUACCACCAAAAAGAGUCUAGAAGCACCCUCUGGCCAUCAGCACCGCCACAGCGCAGGAGAGAAGCCCACCAAAGGGAAGAAGAACCGGAACCUCAAGAUUGGCAAGAUCACCGUGUCUGAGAAGUGGCGGGAGUCAGUGUUCCGUAAGAUAACCAAUGCCAACGAACUCAAGUACCUGGAUGAGUUCCUGCUCAACAAGAUAAAUGACCUGCGCUCCCAGAAGACACCCAUCGAGAGCCUGUUCAUUGAGGCCACGGAGAAGUUCAGGAGCAACAUUAAGACCAUGUACUCUGUCCCUAACGGGAAGAUCCAUGUGGGCUACAAGGACCUGAUGGAAAACUACCAGAUCGUUGUCAACAACCUGGCCAGCGAGCGCGGAGAGAAGGAUACCAACCUGGUCCUCAACGUCUUCCAGUCACUGCUGGACGAGUUCACCCGCAGCUACACCAAGAGUGACUUUGAACCUGCCAAGCAGAGCAAAGCUCAGAAGAAGAAGCGGAAGCAGGAACGUGCUGUCCAGGAGCACAACGGGCAUGUGUUCGCCAGCUACCAGGUGAGCAUCCCGCAGUCAUGUGAGCAGUGUCUUUCCUACAUCUGGCUCAUGGACAAAGCCCUGCUGUGCAGCGUGUGCAAGAUGACCUGCCACAAGAAGUGUGUGCAGAAGAUUCAGAGCUACUGCUCCUACACAGGAGGGAGGAAGAGUGAGCUGGGCUCUGAGCCAGGCCACUUUGGUGUGUGUGUGGACAACCUGAUCAAUGACAAGGCCUCUGUGCCCAUCGUCCUUGAGAAGCUUCUGGAACACGUGGAGAUGCAUGGCCUAUACACUGAGGGCCUCUACCGCAAAUCGGGUGCUGCCAACCGAACUCGGGAACUGCGGCAGGCAUUGCAGACAGACCCCGCAGCUGUCAAGCUGGAGGACUUCCCGAUCCAUGCCAUCACUGGGGUCCUGAAGCAGUGGCUGCGAGAGCUACCCGAGCCCCUCAUGACCUUCGCCCAGUAUGGGGACUUUCUCAGGGCAGUCGAGCUUCCAGAGAAGCAAGAGCAGUUAGCUGCCAUCUACGCUGUCCUGGACCACCUGCCUGAGGCCAACCACACUUCUCUGGAGCGACUCAUCUUCCACCUUGUCAAAGUGGCCCUCCUGGAGGACGUGAACCGCAUGUCACCUGGGGCGCUGGCCAUCAUCUUCGCACCCUGCCUGCUACGCUGCCCUGACAACUCGGACCCACUGACCAGCAUGAAGGACGUGCUGAAAGUUACCACGUGUGUGGAGAUGCUGAUCAAAGAGCAGAUGAGGAAAUACAAGGUGAAGAUGGAGGAGAUCAACCAGCUGGAGGCGGCCGAGAGCAUUGCCUUCCGAAGGCUCUCCCUUCUGCGCCAAAAUGCGCUAUGGCCUCUCAAACUGGGGUUUUCGUCUCCCUAUGAGGGGGUCCGGACUAAAAGCCCUAAGGCCCUGGUCAGCCAGGAAAGCAGCCUGGAGGAGCUAGAGGUGCUGCCUGAGGAGGAGGCAGCUGGUGGCGAUGAAGACCGAGAAAAGGAAAUCCUCAUGGAGCGGAUUCAGUCCAUCAAGGAGGAAAAGGAGAACAUCACAUACCGACUGCCAGAGCUGGACCCGAGGGGCUCUGAUGAGGAGAACCUGGACUCAGAAACGUCAGCCAGCACUGAGAGCCUCCUAGAGGAGAGGAGCACACGAGGGACCUCGGAAGGGCCCCCCACGCCUGCUCUCCCCUACCCCAACACACUUACCCCGAACCCCCUCCCCGAGGCGGCUGCCCCUCCACGGAGAAGGCCCACAUCCUUCAUCACGGUCAGAGUGAAGACACCCCGGAGGACCCCCAUCAUGCCCACUGCCAACAUCAAGCUCCCGCCAGGACUACCCCCACACCUGACCAGCUGGACACCUGCUCUCCAGGAGGCUGCUGUCCCUAUGAGGCGUCGAGAGCCACCUGCCCGCCGGCAGGACCAGGUACACUCUGUAUACAUCGCCCCUGGGGCUCACCUGCCCAUGCAGGACACCCUGGAACCCCUGGACCAUGAUGCCCGGCCCCCUGGCGCCAAGCGCAGGUACUCAGACCCCCCAAUCUACUGCCUGCCCCACAAUUCGGGCCAGGCUAACGGCUGAGGACUACAGCAGGCAGUCUGCCUGUUCUAGGACCCCUGUUGCCGAGCCUGCCUGUGGCUCUGAGAAGGAUCCAGAGAGGCUUCCAGGAGGAUGAGGUGUACACCCACUCCUUGUGGAGUCGAGGCAGGGGGCUACUGGCAGUAAGUGGCCCCCAUACAAGACAAGCUCCUGCACCCUUUGUAGUAUUAUCAGUAACCAUCAUCCUGGUUUACAUAACUGUUAAGUUGUAACAGACUUAACGAGAAGACCAAAUUGUUUUUUAUAUAUGUAAGUUCAGACUUUUAUAUUAACACCCUCCGUCUUUGUAACCUGGACAUGAGAUAUCCAAGUGCCUGGCUGCUGUGGUGUGGUCCACACACAGCCGGUGGACAGUGAACUCUGGGAGUUUUGGAUGCAUGGAGCGCUUGCCUCCCUCCUGUUGUCUCCGGUGUCUCUACUGGCAACAACCAUCUGACCAGGGACGCUGGAGCCUUCCAUUGGCACAGCUGGUGGCUGAAGCCAGGACCUGAGUGGCAGGCCUUCAACCCAGACCAUGCCAACCUUGCAUUCCAGGGAGGCCCAAAUGUGCGUUGCCCAGUGUGCCUUGAACACCAGUGGCUGGGGGACCUGCCCUUGGCUCUGCCUGCCUCAUGGAACCCAAGGAGGCAGGGACUCAGGACCUUCAGGGGCAGGCAGGGCAGGCCCUGAUGCCCCGAGCCUGGGACCUGCAGAGUCCAGUCCUUCCCUCAGGCUCCUCUACUCCCUCAACACGUGGCCUCAGGCCUGGGACCAAGAACUUCCAGAGGUGUGAAAUAAAAAGUGCCUGCAAAGUGUC